AUGGGUUCAAGGGUUGGAAAUAAUGCAGAAACAUCAGUCACAGUCACUCACUUACUCUACGCAGAUGACACCUUAAUCUUUUGUGGGGCAGAGAGAUCUCAGGUGCAAUUCCUCAACCUGACACUACUCCUAUUCGAAGCUAUCUUAGGGCUGCACAUCAAUAUGUUGAAGAGCAUGAUUUACCCAGUGAAUGAAGUUCCAAAUCUGGAGGAGCUGGCUAAUCUAAUGGGCUGCAGUAUUGGCUCCCUUCCCACAACCUACUUAGGCCUCCCUCUAGGAGCUAAGUACAAGGCAACAGAUAUAUGGAAUGGAGUAAUUGAGAGAGUGGAGAAAAAAUUGGCAACAUGGAAAAUGCAGUAUCUUUCUAUGGGUGGUCGACUGACUCUAAUCAGCAGUGUUAUAGAUAGUAUCCCUACCUAUAUUAUGUCCCUUUUCCCCAUACCAAACAAGGUGCAGAAGUAA